AAACGAAAAUGGCGAUGGAGGAACUGAAGACGAAAAUGAAUGAGACAUUUGGUGGAUUAAAACAUCUUAUGAAUGAAAAAAUGUCUGAAUUUGAGCUCACUGUGAGCAUCAUGGUUGGGAUAGGAGUCGCCAUAACCACAUUUAUUAUCGUCAUGUUCUUCGGUGUAUGGAAAUUAAGGUCCAAAGUAUUACCAAGUCAGACAGGAGGCCCAAGAAAACCACGUUUUAGGAAAAGAGACAAAGUUAUGUUUUAUGGAAGAAAAAUGCUAAGGAAGGUUCAAAGCUUUACUAGAAAACUAGGACCUCCCAACAGAGGAAAACUAAAGAAAAGACAGAUUGUGAUGAAGCUCGCCAAAAACUAUUCUGAGCUCCGACAGAAAACCUUGCGGUUACUUCAGAUGAGAAGAGACUCCUCCCAACCUCUGCUGAAGGUGAAAGAACCACCACAAUCCUUCCUAGAGUUAGAUACCUGUGAUAUUGAUGACAGUGAACAGCGGCUUCCUUCGGAGGUCCUCUAUAUGCUCAGAAGUACAAGAAUUUUUGGACAUUUUGAAAAACCUUUAUUUUUGAAUUUGGUGAAACAUAUGGAGUCAAAGAUUCUAAGAUGUGGAGAGUACUUGUUUAGAAUUGGAGAUUUAGAUGACAGCAUAUAUGUAGUACAAGAAGGUCAUAUUAACGUCAGUAUAUCUGAGUCGGAUGGCACUAAUCACUUAGUAAAAGUCGUUUGUCCUGGGGACAGCAUCCAUAGCUUACUUAGUGUAUUGGAUGUCCUUACAGGACAUCCAGCUCCUUAUAAGACUGUAUCAGCACAAGCUGUUGAGGACUCCACUGUUCUCAAAUUGCCAGCCAUUGCUUUCCAGUCAAUGUUUGAAAGAUUUCCAGAGUCUCUAGUUCGCAUUGUUCAGAUUAUCAUGAUACGACUACAGAGAGUAACAUUCACAGCCUUACAUAACUACCUUGGCCUGUCUAGUGAGCUCAUCAGCUCAAUGACCCAGAAAGAGAUGAGGUCAUUGUCUGGUCGUUUCCAGACCAGUCCUCACAAACAGCGUAGCAUCGUCAGGGAUACCAGCUCACAAAGGGACAUAAGUGAGGAACAGGAGGACACACUGACACAAAAACAGCUGACCAGUGAGGUCAAGGACAAAGUAGAUGGGGAGACACGUGACGAGACUGAUAGUGCCUUAACAGAUUUUGCUGCAGCUGCACAAAGAGCCAGAAUAAACAGUUUGGAUCUGGAGAGCAAUAAGUCUCAAGAAGAACCAGUCAAGUCAAUAGGUCACAUGCCGAGGUCCCGUAACAAGAAGGUUUCAGACACAGGGAUGUAUGUGUCCCAGACCAGUGUAGACACAAGUGAAGAGGAAGCUCUGGAGUGUGCUAGGAAAGAUCUGAUCACCUUAAUGAAUCUUCAGGAUGAGUCACUUUUGGAUGGAAAGCUUACCUUGAGAAAAUUCAAAGCAGGAACCACAAUUCUUAGUCAGGGAGACCAGGAUGCCAGUUUGUUGUUUUUGGUGGCAGGAACAUUGAAACUCCUCCAGCAUGUGGUUGGCAAAGAACAAAAGGAGGCUUUACUGUUCAAUGCAUAUCCUGGAGAGCUUGUGGGAGCCCUUGCUGUACUGACUGGGGAACCAUCAUUCUUUACAAUCAGGUGUAAAUAUGAGUGUAGGGUUGUCACAAUAUCCAAAGAGGACUUUUACAGCAUCAUGAAAGCCCAGCCCUCUGUGGUCCUUUCGGUUGCUCACACCACUGUGGUGAGGAUGACUCCCUUUGUCAGACAAAUUGAUUUUGCUCUGGACUGGAUUCUUACAGAAGCAGGCAAAGCUCUUUUCAGACAAGGCGACAUGUCAGAUCAUAUCUACAUAGUCCUGACAGGUCGUCUGAGGUCAGUUAUCACAAAGGAGGAUGGAAAGAAGGAGCUGGUGGGGGAGUACGGCCGGGGGGAACUGGUGGGAAUUGUGGAGGUUCUUACAGAGGCAAAGAGGACCACUACUGUCAUGGCUGUCAGAGAUACAGAAUGUGCUAAAUUACCAGCGGAAUUGCUGAAUCUGAUCAAACGUAAAUACCCUCAGAUUGUGACACGACUUAUACACUUACUGGGCGAGCGUCUUCUCGGACAGCUACAAAAGUCGUCAGGGCUCAAUUCAUUCCCGAUAGCAGAUCCUGUUAUGAAAGAGGAGACCUCAGUUGGUAACUUAGCAACUGUGGCUGUCCUGCCCAUCAAUAAAGAUGUCCAAAUCACAAGUUUUACUCUGGAGUUACAACAUGCUUUACAGGCCAUAGGUUCAACUAUGAGACUUACAAGUGACAUUGUAAAGAACAACCUAGGAACUGCAGCACUAGACAGUGUAAAUGAGUUUCGGUUGCUGAACUGGUUAGGACAACAGGAGGAUAUCCACCGGAUGACCCUUUACCAGUGUGACUACACCCUCACAAAGUGGACCAAAAACUGUAUCCGCCAGGCUGACUGUAUCCUCAUUGUGGGGCUCUUUGAAGGCGACCCAGCUGUCAGUGAGAUUGAGAAGCAAAUAGAAAAUAUGGCAGUCAGGGCACAAAAAGAAUUGGUACUGCUUCACAGAGAAGAUGCUGAGACACCAAUGAGGACAGUAGAAUGGCUGAAUGCCCGAGGAUGGUUGUCAUCUCACCACCACAUCAAAUGUCCAAAACGAGUUCUUACCAAAAGAUCUGAAGCUAAAAUUUUUGAGCUAUAUCAGAAGCAUAUGGAAACCAAACCAGACAGAAUGACUGACUUUUCAAGGCUGGCUCGAUUUUUAACAGGAACUUCCAUUGGUGUAGUACUUGGUGGGGGUGGAGCAAGGGGUCUUUCACAUGUUGGUAUGGUGAGAGCUUUAGUUGAGGCGCAGAUACCAGUGGACAUGGUAGGGGGUACCAGCAUGGGAGCUUUCAUAGGAGCUUUGUAUGCAGACGCUGUCAACUUGACCAGCUUUUCACAAAGAGCAAGGGACUGGUCCAUUGGUAUGACCUCUCUAUGGAAGAAGAUCUUAGAUAUAACAUACCCAGUCACUUCAAUGUUCACAGGGAAAGCUUUCAAUGACAGUAUAGAGGAAGUCUUUGGACACAGACAAAUUGAGGACCUAUGGAUACCCUACUUUUGCAUCACGACUGAUAUCUCUAAUUCUUCCAUGAAGGCCCAUACUCAUGGCAGCUUAUGGAGAUAUGUCAGGGCCAGCAUGUCCUUGUCUGGUUACCUGCCCCCACUCUGUGACCCAAUGGAUGGACACUUGCUACUAGAUGGGGGAUACAUCAAUAAUCUUCCUGCUGAUGUAAUGAAAGCUAAAGGAGCCAGAAAUAUAUUUGCCAUGGAUGUGGGAAGUAUUGAUGAAACUGACCUAACAAAUUAUGGGGACCAAUUAUCUGGUUGGUGGUUACUAUGGAAAAGAUGGAAUCCUUGGGCUUCACCUGUUAAGGUGCCAGAUAUGGCGGAAAUUCAGACCAGACUGGCCUAUGUUUCUGGUGUGAGACAGCUAGAAAUGGUCAAAAACAGUGACUUCUGUGAAUAUAUCAGGCCACCUAUAGACAAGUAUGGCACUCUUCAGUUCGGAAGCUUUGAUGAAAUCAAUGAGGUUGGCUACAAUCAUGGUAAAACCUUACUAUCAGGGUGGAUCAAAGGGGGCCUGAUUGAUGAACUAUUCAAAGACAAGCAUUCUGCUCACUCCUCCAAAUGUAAUCUCCACAAAGCUCAGACAUAUAUGCCUGCCAUGGCCAAGUUUACAGAUUUAGCAGAGUUAGUGUCACAGAUUGAGAAACCUAAACAAACAAAGAGGCCUACCUUCUAUGGAGAGAAUGAUGAUGAGUAUGAAGAUGAGUCAGAUGAUUCUCUCUCUGAUGAAGUACUAAUUGAGGAAGAUGAAGAGGAGGAAAAUGCUGAGGAGGAAGAAGCCAAACAGGUUAUCCAGCCGGAAAGGAAAUCCUCAAACCAAUCCUCACAUGCAAGAGAGUUGCCAAGUGCCAUGAGAAGGAGGAGUUCUGGGGGAAAAUUUGUGACCUACAAAUUAGACAAGUAAAAACCGAGACCUCCAGGGACAGGUUGACUGUGAUAAGAAUUUUUCUGUGAUAAAAAAGUCAAAAUCCAAGUAACAAGAGUGUUCAGGAGCAUAACACUGGUUAUAUGGAACAUUUUCAAUCCAUUACCUGUACUAACAGAUAUUUCAAAAAAAAUAACACAAACAAAAUCUCAUGCGGGUCUCUAAACAAAAAACAUCAAAAGAUUAGAUGUUCUGGUAUCAUUAUAUAUGUGCUUUAUUGUUUGCAGUGCCAAGUGUAAUUAUAAAUGUCAUUGCUACAGUGUGCCUCUUGUCCUGCGAAGUCCAGUUUACAGCCCUAAGUGUUCUUGUCAAUGUGUAUGCUCCACAAUAUCAAUGCAAAUUAUAACAACUUUGUAUCUGUGUGUGGAAGAUUUUAUUCUGUGUACCAAUUUGAUUUGUUAAAGUUAUUCAUGUGUUUUGUUUCUUAGAUUGAAAUGCACUUUUUGAAUGUUUUUUUACCUUAACAUUGACUCCCAAGUACUAUUAAAAUGUAUGGCAUGUAUUACAGUAUUGAAUCUGCAUGGAACAAAAUAAUGGCAUUUACAUGUAUGUACUUCUUGAUGAUAUUUUAUUGGUUUGAAUUCACAUGUAAACCUAUUAUAAUUUUUUCAUGCAAUUGUUCAAAAUAAAAUUCAUCACUGGAUGAAAAAAGAAUUGAAGAAAAAUUUACCAAUGGUUAAAUUUCAAAUAUUAUCC